AUGUUCCUUGCCCAGAAAGCCCCAGGUUUUCGGAUGGCGUGCCUGCAACGCACUCAGGGAGUCCAGCGCCGAGCACGCAGUGGACGCCUUCGUCGGGAACGGCAAUCACGACCGGCAGUCCUAACCGUGCUUUCGUCAGCCGCUUCUCAUCGAAUUCUUGUAGUUGGUGGCAGUGGGCGUGUUGGCAGCGCUGUUACCGAGCACCUUGUGAAGAAAGCGUACCAGCUCGGUGUAGCACCGAGCGUGCGCAUCGACCUCGGCAGCCGUGACCGCGAGCGUGGACAGGCGGCUGCCCAGCGUCUUCGGCAGCGUCUCGCAUCGGAUGUGGAGCGCUCCGCGGUCCAGGACCACGUCCAGCUUGACUGGUCCGAAUAUCGCCCUGAGACCCUGGUAGAGAUACUCCGUCCAUACGACCUGGUUAUCCACACAGCAGGCCCGUUCCAGAAUCGCGAGGAAAAGGCUGGCCGUCUCCUAGACGCGUGUAUCCGGGCUGGAGUCGCCUACCAGGAUGUGGCGGACGAUAUGCAUCAUGCCGAAUGGUGCCGCAAGCGCUACGCGUCUGCGGCGAAGCAGUCGAAGAUCAGUGCUUGGAUAAGUACGGGUAUCUAUCCGGGUGUGAGCAAUCUCAUGGCAGCAGACUUGCUCGACCAAAUGACCGACCUACUGGGAGAACGAGCCGCUCCAAGUAAAUUCGGCAUAGCAUUCUCGUACUUCACUGCUGGCUCUGGUGGUGCCGGUGCCACGAUUCUCAGUGCGACCUACCUGUUGCUGGCAGAGCCGGUGUACACUGUUGAAAACGGUGAGAUUCGCUGGAGACCCGCAUUCAGCGAUCCCCAGCGCAUUGACUUUGGCCCGGCAUGCGGAGGUCAUCGCACAGCCUACCUGUUGAACUUGCCGGAGGUGCGCUCUGCGCAUAUAGUGCACGGAGUUGGGCACGUGGAGGCUCGAUUCGGGACCGCUCCCGCAUUGUGGAACGGACUCAUGUGGUGCAUGGCUCGUUACCUGCGACCGGAAAUUCUCCGGAAGCGAAUGACUGGAAUCACUGUGGCAAGCCUGCCGCUCGUACGCCUGGUAGAUAUGCUGGUCGGGGCACGCACUGCUGUACGCGUCGACUGUUGGUACCAGGAUGUCGUAUCGGGGCCGGCGUCGCGUACCCAUUUUCUCUACGUACAUGACCGUCUGACGGACGCUGUUGGUGAGUGCACUGCAGCGUUCUCGUUAGCGCGGCUCUUUCCCGAUAGACUCGGUGUUGAUGUACCAUACGAGAGUGGAGUCUGGUAUCCGGAAGAGGUCUUUCGAACUAGGGCCUCGAGGAGAGCCCUCUUUGGGCUAGUGCAACCGAGUGCGCUCAGCUGGAUUCGCACGGGAAUGUAG